AUGUCUUCGGGUUCAAACGUCGCAUCACGUACGGUUCGGUUUGUGCACCAAGCGGACAAAGGCUACGUGAUGCCAAGCCCUCCAAGAUUAAAAUUUGCCCCCGACAUCACACUGAAACCGGACUCAAUGAAACCGCUCUGUGAAGCGGCUGUCCAAUCCGAAAUGGAGUAUCGGCAAGGGAGCGCUGCAUAUCAGAUGCCUGAAUUUCAAACCCUGGACGGAUCAGCCACCACCAGUCGAUCACCGGUCACAUGUCGAGGAACUGACAAUUUUGGCAACACGCUUAUCCACCUCCCUAAACGAGACCCGUUGACCUUUGAGGGAGAUCCUGCCCGCUACUGGCUCUUGAUGCGCUGUUUCGAGGCGAACGUCCUAAAGUCUACAACUGAUCCAACAAUCAUGCUCUCCUACCUGGUUCAGUAUUGUUCCGAGGAGGCCAAAAGAGCCAUCGAAAUCUGUCUAAUACUGAUCCUGAGGAGGGAUUUACCGAAGCCCUAA